CAGGCCCAAUUUUAAGGCCCAUUAUAGAGAGCGCGCCAAACCAGAUCACCACACGUGUCAAUCAAAUAUCUUCUUCACUUAAGGCCGAACUUAAGACCCAUUAAAGAAUAUCCAAAAACCGCUUAUCGGAGCUAUUCGUCUUCUCCGGCGAAAUCGCAAAAACUGCGCAAACCAAAGGUCCCGACUUUGGAUACCAAAAGUCACAAAAAUGGAGGAUAUCGACGAAUGGGUCGCCGAAUUUUUCAUCUUUCGUCAACGAAACCCUAGGAUUUCCCCUACCAACCUCCUCUCGUUACUCAAACUAAAAGAUUCCCCCGACAACACGAAGCUCAAGACUUUCUCCGUGUUACGAGACAUCUCCAAUUCCUUGAUCCGAGGCACAAUCGACGAAGGAACGCUCGACCUCCUCGAGCUUCUCGAGAAGCUUCACUCGCCGCUACUCACGGAGUCUCACAAGUCCGCUUAUUGCUGGACGGCUGCUGAAUGCACGGUUAAGUUCAUGUGGCCGUUGCGUGUUUCCGAUAGUUUGUUAAACGACGCCGUUGAGAGGAUAUGGGGGAAAAGGAUUGGGGUUUUGAAAGGGAGUGGGAGUGGUUUGGUGACUCAGGAGUUGUUGAAAUGGGAGGAUGAUGUGAAGAUGGCGGUUGAGGAUGAUAGGGUGUAUCAGAGGAUACGUGAGAGUAACGUUAGGUAUAAAGCUGUUUCCUUUUUAACUCAGCUUAUUAAAGAGCAGGGGGGGUUGCUUGGGAGCUCGGCUCUUGAAUCUGUUGCUCGAAGGAGGUUUCUUAAACGCAAGGCGGAGAGUGAUAUCCCAAGGGAUGGUGAUGAAAGCACUGAGCGGUUGGAGAGUGAUGGGUUUGAUAAGGUGAAUGGGGGAGAGGAGGAGAGGACACAAGAACAGGAGCAUGAGUCAAGUCUUGAUAAGGGUGACAAAAGGGUUGCUAGGGAGCUGAAGGAGUGUUUGUUAAUGAUUCAAAGACAAAUCGAUCCUUCCACUAGUCAUGUGCAUGAACCUAACAGUCCAAUGACUCCUCGGCCUACUCGGUUUAAUAGGACUGGAACAACAAGUGGUCAGGGUAAUGCAAGUGAGAAAGGUUCGGGUAGUCAGGAUACAUAUUCUGGCAGAGUUCGGCCUCAUCUACCAACCCCUGAGCCUCUGAAUGUAUCCCCGUUGAGGAAGGUAGAACCCGCUGUUAGAAGGCGAAAGAAAUUCUGGACGCCUGAAGAAGAGGCAGCUCUGAGGGAAGGAGUUAAAGAGUAUGGUAAGUCAUGGAAAGAGAUAAAGAAUGCAAACCCUGCAGUAUUCGCAGAGAGGACUGAGGUGGAUUUGAAGGACAAAUGGAGGAACUUAACUCGGUAGAAGUAACAUCUUUUGAAGGAUAAAUAGGUUUGAGUUGGUUUUUGGAGUUUUCCCUGUGGAGAAAGGGUCUUUCACAUUUUGUAUGCUGAAUGGUAAUGAUGAAAAGAGCAGACUAUAAUGAUAUGCUCGUAGGACAAUUCUGGCUGCAACCUUUAUUGUAGUCAGUGUCAAAGUUAUGCAGCUGUUCUUGUUGCCGAUAUAUUCUGUCAUUAAUUUAUUUUCCUAUUAAUUUGUUUCUCUAUGUCUCUCCUUUUCCACGUGUUAUGUAACGUUAAAAUAGUAGUCAAAUAUGCAUUUAAGAGCUAUGAUUGCAUCUUAACAUUCUGACCUCAAAGCUAAGUAGGAUGAUGAACGUAUAUAUUGGUUACUGCAUGUUUGUUAUGUGUUUACCAGUUUACUGCAGAACCCUGAACUCCUUAAGAGCUGCAGGAGUUAGCCGCCAA